AUGUGGCAUCUUGUUAUAAUCCUCACCCUUCUUGUCCCCCAUUUGACUGCGGAGGAUUUGCCCGUGGCGGAAGGGAUCCCUUGUUCCAAGUAUCAAGUGGCUUUCAACCAUUCAUGCUUUGAGUUUGUGAGGCUCCAGCGUACGUUCACGAGUGCCCAGAGCUGGUGUGAGAAAGGAGGCGGGCAUCUCGUCUUUAUCGAGAAUGAAGAAACCCAGACGUUCCUAGAGGAGCAUAUCUCCGUGGACAAGGAGUGGUGGAUUGGGAUCACUUACAGUUCUUCCUCAAAUGACACGACGGAAGGGUCCAUGAUUUGGCUGGAUACCUCGAAUAUUACCUACAGCAAGUGGCACCAAGACCCACCCUCUGCUUUCACAACCUCGUGCGGUUAUAUCCUGAAGAACUCCGGCUAUGAGUGGGGUGUAACAGAGAACUGUAGCCAGGAAUUUGACUUCAUUUGCCAGUUUGAAUCGGGCCAUAGCAUUGCCUGCGACACCUUCAACGCUACCGUGCAGUGCGGGUCGGGAGAAGUCAUUCAGAUCGGAGAGAGCUUCUACGGGCGGAAGACCCCCCACUACUGCGUGCUGGAGACCCCCCUGGACUUCGACGUUGAAGAAGAGUGUAGCUGGGUCAGUGUGAAGGACGAAGUUGUGGGUCAGUGUCAUGGGCUUCAAGCCUGCCAGGUUGCAGCUGAUGGGACCUUCUUUGGAGAUCCGUGUCCAGCUUUGGGAAGCUACCUAUCUAUUCAAUACCAUUGCAUGGAAGGUUUACGGCUAGCUGUGACGGAGACAAGCUUUGUCUUUGAAAACGUCACCAUCUCCUUGAACUGGCUCCUCUCGCCUUACUCGGGCAACCUCUCCUGUAUAAUUAGCACUGGGGAUGGAAACACCAUCGAUCCUUAUUACCCACCGUCCGUAUCUAGCAGCGUGAUCCAUCAGUAUCUGUCCCCGGGCGAAUUCGCCAUCUUUGUGGAGUGCACAACGAGCGAAUGGCAUGUCACGGCUCAGAAACCGGUGACUGUGCACGACAAAAUGGACAAGCUGAUGGUUACCGGGUGCUUCAGUGAGAAGGAAAGCGGGAACCGCUCUCACUGCCGGACCCUCUACGAGGAGCCCCUGUGGAUUCAAGUGGAACUCAACGGAGGAAGUGAAGUGACCUACAGUGUUCUAAGUGGUAACAAGACUCUGCUGGAAUCCAGCGUAAAAGCAGGAAUUGUUCCUCAUAAUCUCACCCUGGAUAGCGCAUCCCAACAGCUGAUUGGUCCUGGGCUACACAGCCUUGAAAUUGUUGCAUCCAGCAACACCACGGAAUCAGAGAUCGCAGAAAUCCUUACCAUUCACUUGGUCCAACCAGUUUCGGGUCUGCAGGCUGAAUUGACGUCUCACUCUGUGGAGUUAGGAAAAGAUCUGGAAAUCACGGUGUCUGUCCAUCAUGGUGCUCCUGAAAAACUGAAGUUUGAGGUGAUUGGGCCAAAUGACACGUUUUCCCACUUGAGAGACUGUCCCGAAGGCGAAGCUGAAACCUACAGGAUACCAGUGGAAGUUGAAGGUACCUUUCUGGUCAAGGUCAUUGCAAUGAAUGCCUUCUCCAACAUGAGCACUGAUGUAGGAACUGUGAUUGUGUCAUCUAACAGUUCUCAUCAAGAAGGUAAGGAUGCAGAACGAAGAUCCCAUAAAAUAGGAGAUGACCAAGGACAAAAUAAGAUAUAUAUUAAGCCCAGCCGACACGUUGGCCCCUUCACAACCAUUGUUCUUGGUUGGCCUGAAAACAGCAACCGCUCUCUCUACACAUGGUCGUGUGGGUACUGCUGGCCUGAAUGGGCUGAAUGUGUGGAACAGAAAUCCAUCCGCACAGACCAAAGAGAAAUCCAGAUCCCGCACGCCUGCUUACCUCCUCCCAGCUCUGCCGUGACUGUGAAAGUUUUGGUCCAAAACCCAGAGAAAGAAGACAAAGGGGAUGAGCAGUGCCUUUACGUCACAGCAAGAAAAGAACUGAGACCCCAAAUCAGCUGUGAGAGGAACUGCAAGCUCGUGAAUGUCACAGAAGAUGUUACGCUCAGCGUCUCUGCAGCAACAGGCUCAAAGCCUACACUCUACAAGUGGUACUUAGAUCACACUUUCCAAAAACGGACCAGUCUGCUCCCACCUGUGUGUGGAUUGAUUGGUUUCCCACAAAGCUCGCUCACCUUGCUUCAGAGCGAUACAGCAACGCUGGUGCUGAACAGUUCCUUUCUGCAGACACAAGGAGAAGCCUUCCGAAUUAAAGUAACAGUGAUGAGUGAACACAAAUAUGGUGAAGAAACCUAUGUGAUCAGCACGGUGCCUCCGCCAGCGACCCCAGUAUGCGGAAUUUCUCCUACACAAGGGACUGUCCUCACCAGCUUCUCCAUCUCCUGCCAUUCAUCCUGCCUGGAGGACCAGUGCCCUCUGAUUGACAGCUCCCCACUCACAUACUGCUUCUAUCUGGAAUCAAAUUCUCUCCUACACUGUGGACCAGAUUCUGCUCUUCCCUCGGUUUACCUUCCGCUUGGAGAUGAGGACGCUGAUUUUCUUUUACUGAUCCACAUUGCUGUGAGCAACAGCUAUGGUGACACGGUUCACACGAACACCACUGUCAAAGUUCAGCCUGAGGAUCUAAGCGGUAAGAACCAGACCUUCCAGGCCAUCAUUUCAGAAAAAUCCAACAUGAUCCUGAAAGGCAAGAACAACAGCAUGUCUCUGUUCCAGUUGUACAAGUCGGUUUCUUCUGUGCUUAAUCAAGAGGCCAAGGAAGAGAGCGUGAAUUCAUCUCUGCGGACAGAUACCAAGAAAGAGCUGAGGGAGCUGAUGUUGACAACCCUCUCCACUGUGAAUGUAACAUCGAUGCAGACGGCUCUGAAGAUGUCAGAAGUCCUCCAAGACAUCACGUACAGAAGCGAAGAGCUUUCUUUUUCUGCACAGGUGGAAGCUGGUCACACCCUCAAGAGUGUCAGUGAAUCUUUGCUGAUGGCACACAGUGAAGACGAUCAACGCAAGCAGCAUCGCAAGGAGGCAGCCGCCUAUCUCUUCCACGCCGUGAGCAAUGUUCUUGAGGCUACUGCACAGAACGGAACAGAGGAUGCUUCAGCUUCAGACACAGCACAGCAUUUCCACUCGAGUUAUUUUGUCUUUUGUUCUGACUCCUAUCCUCCGAAGAUGUUACAGACCGAUGACGUAAACAGGACCUCCAUUAAUAUCUGUAACUCCAGCUCUGCCAGUUUCACCUUGCCUUCUGCCUCCUCUCUCGGCAUUUCAGAAGACCGUGAUGAGACGGUGGACAUCAGGAUGGUGAGCUUCUCUGUCAAUCCCUUCUCUCCACGUGACAGCUUUGAGAUCCACAGUGCUGUAGGAGGCCUCACCCUCACCAGUCUAGAUGGCUUGGCCAUUCCAGUUCAUAACCUUGAGGAAGACAUUGAGAUAAUGUUGCCAAGGAGUUUGGCAAUUCCGGACAAGAAGAAUGUGUUGAUUCUGGGAAACUCCAGUGCCCUACAAGUCAAUGUGACCUCAGCCAACACAUCAGUAGUGAUUCACUUGGAAAUGGACCAAAACAUCCCACUUACCUUAUAUUUGGGCUAUGGCUAUCAUCCCAAUGAGACUGACUAUGAAUUGAUGAUACACCUUCCUUACAACGGAGAUGAGAUACAUUCAUGGAUCCUCUACCCUGAAGACCUUGUUUUUGGAGAAGGGACUUACUACCUUGUAGUGAAACCAGAAACCGAACUGAGGGCUGUUGGUGUUGGCGAUAUAAAUGUUUCCAUCACUUGUUUUAUAUCCCAGUGCGUAUUCUGGGACGAGAUCCAUGGGAACUGGAAUAGCUAUGGAUGCCAUGUGGGCUCCCGGACCACCCCCAGCAGCACUCAGUGUCUCUGCAACCACCUGACCUUCUUUGGAAGCUCCUUCUUUGUGAUGCCAAACACCAUUGACGUCAGCAAGACGGUGGAGCUGUUUGCCACCUUUGUGGACAAUCCCGUGGUCGUGACGACGGUGGCCUGCCUUUUUCUGGCUUACCUCCUGGUCCUGGUCUGGGCCAGGAGGAAAGAUAUCCAAGAUGAUGCCAAAGUGAAGAUAACAGUAUUAGAGGACAAUGACCCUUUUGCAUUAUAUCGCUACCUGGUGACGGUUUAUACUGGUCAUCGCCGAGGAGCAGCGACAACUUCAAAGGUGACGCUCACCUUGUACGGCCAGGAAGGAGAGAGCGAACCGCACCACCUGGUAGACCCCGAUACCCCUGUCUUUGAACGAGGAGGAGCAGAUGUCUUCAUGUUGUGUACUCUCUUUCCUCUCGGAGAGCUGCAGAGCAUCAGACUGUGGCAUGACAAUUCUGGAGAAAGCCCCUCCUGGUAUGUGAACCGUGUACUAGUCCACGAUGUUGCCACGGAUCAGAAGUGGCAUUUCCUCUGCAAUUCUUGGCUUGCCAUUGAUGUGGGAGACUGUGUCCUAGAUAAAGUGUUCCCCGUCGCUACAGAGCAGGAUAUGAAACAGUUCAGCAAUCUGUUCUUUAUGAAAACUUCCAAAGGUUUCCGUGACGGUCACAUCUGGUAUUCCAUUUUCAACCGCUCUCCACGCAGCUCCUUCACACGAGCCCAGAGGGUCUCCUGUUGCUUCUCCCUGCUUCUCUGCACCAUGCUGACCAGCAUCAUGUUCUGGGGGGUGCCCAAGGACCCAGCGGAUCAGAAAAUGGAUUUGGGGAAGAUAGAGUUCACGUGGCAAGAGGUGAUGAUCGGCUUUGAGAGCUCCCUUCUCAUGUUCCCCAUCAACUUGCUGAUUGUUCAGAUCUUCAGAAACACUCGGCCUCCGCCUAAGAAAGAGAAGAAAGCCGGGAGAAAUGGACGGGUGUCCCCAAACAUUGCUGCUCCUCCCAGUCAGGAUACCCAGAGCGUGUCCCUCUCUCCAGAGGCAGUGAUCAAGGAUAUUAGGCGAAUUGCAAGUUCCUUGUUCAAAACCCUCAAGGCCCCUCUCCCUUCCUCUGAACCUGAUUUUGCAAAAUCGAUGGAUAUCAACAAGCUGUUGGCCUUGGUGGAGGACAUCAUCUGCCAGCAGAACCGGAUUGGGCAGGAAUUUUAUGAGGAGAACAAGAAGAAAGAUGACCCAAUUAUCAUUUCUCUCGGCUUGGUGGAUUUACAAGAAAAGACAAGGAGCCCUACUCCAGAGAAAGGAAAAGGAGGGAAACUGAAGGAUCGGGAUUACAACCGUUGCCUCUACAAGCAGCUGCAACAGGUGGAGCUGGAACUGGAGCUGUUGGGGCCUCAGAAAUUUCAGAACGCCCAAAGCUACACCCAGGCUGUUCGGCAGGUCCAGCACAUGAAGGACUUCCUCGAAAAUCAGCUUUGCCCGGCACCAUCAACCAGCGAGGGAGGCUCCCCAACUCCCAGCCUUCAGGGAGAAGGCAAGAAGGAGCCAGCCGUCAAAGGCCUGCCCUGGUGGUUUGUGUUCAUCGGCUGGUUCCUCGUGGCCGUCACCAGUGGCGUGUCUGGGUUCUUCACAAUGCUGUAUGGGCUGCAUUACGGCAAGGAGAAUUCUAUCAAAUGGCUGAUCUCCAUGGCUAUUUCCUUCUUUGAAAGCCUCUUCAUCACACAGCCCUUAAAGGUUUUAGGAUUUGCUGCUUUCUUUGCUUUGGUUCUGAAAAAAGUAGAGCAGGAGGAUGAGGAGGAGACAUCUAUCGAUGGUCCGUUAUCCACCUCAGGUGAUUCGAACUCCAUCUUCGGAGCCCGGAGGGACAGCGGAUGCAACAUCUACCAGCCUCCUCCUGCUACCGACAUCGAGAAAAUGAGGAACGACCGCAUUAUGGAGCAGAAAGCGUUUGCCCUGAUUAGAGAAAUACUGGCCUACCUGGGUUUCUUGUGGAUGCUACUCUUGGUUGCCUAUGGACAACGAGACCCUAACUCUUACUAUCUCAACAAACAUAUUGAAGGCAGCUUCACCGAUGGAUUCCAGGACGUUUUAAGUUACCAGGAUUUCUUUAAAUGGGCAAGAACCACCUUGGUCAACAAUUUAUAUGGCCCACAUCCAGGCUUCAUCACAGACGGCAACUCCAAGCUGGUGGGCGGUGCGCGGCUUCGACAAGUGCGGGUCAAAGGCAACACCUGCCCGAUAGCGCCUAAGCUGCAGGCGACGGUGGGGGAGUGCCACGCAGCCUAUUCUUUUGAUGCCGAAGACACAGCGGACUAUGGAGAGCAGUGGAACCGCUCUUCCCUCGACAACUCUUCGGAUCUCGGUUCUGCCUGGCGCUAUCAGAGCCAGUCCAAACUCAGAGGGCAUCCAGUGUGGGGCAAACUGGCUGUCUACCGAGGAGGAGGAUACGUGGUUUACUUGGGCACAGAUCCCCAGAAUGCCUCCAGAAUUCUCCAGUACCUCUUUCAAAACACCUGGCUGGAUACCUUUACAAGGGCCGUGUUUGUUGAGUUCACUGUCUACAACGCCAACGUCAACCUGUUCUGCAUUGUGAACCUCAUGUUUGAAACCAACUCCUUAGGUGAGAGCUGGACAUUUUUCUCCAGCACUCGGACAAGGGGGCAACAGGCUGCACGUUACUCUGAUGGCUGGCAUUUGAUGCCCUCUUUGGAACCGAACUCUUUGUUUUAACAGGGAAAACUCAUGAGGGCUCUGAAAUGGAAUUACUUCCAUAGCAAGUGGAACCUGUUAGAGCUGGCCAUCAUCACCAUCAGCUGGAGCGCCCUGUCAGUGUUUGUGAGACGGACCAUCUUGGGCUUGCGGGACAUCAGUUACUACCAGGAGCACAAGGACGAGUUUGCGAGUUUCAACCAGACAGCAACCGUGGACGCUGUCCUGGGCUACCUGAUUGCCUUUCUGGUGCUUCUUGCCACCGUGAAGCUCUGGCAUCUCCUGAGGCUGAACCCCAAGCUGAACAUGAUCACCUCCACCCUGAGGAGGGCCUGGGGAGACAUAUCUGGAUUUGCCACCGUGAUUAUAAUCAUGUUCCUCGCCUAUUCCGUUGCUACAAACUUAAUAUAUGGAUGGAAGCUAAACUCGUACAAGACGCUCUUUGAUUCAGCAGAGACGAUGGUCAGCCUUCAGCUGGGAAUCUUCAACUAUGAAGAGGUCUUGGACUACAAUCCGAUUUUGGGAUCCUUCUUAAUUGGCUCCUGCAUAAUUUUCAUGACGUUCGUGGUGUUGAAUCUCUUCAUCUCUGUGAUCCUUGUGGCUUUCAGUGAGGAGCAGAAACAUUAUCAGGCUUCAGAAGAGGAAGAGAUAGUCGACCUAAUGUUGAAGAAAAUCUGCAGUUUCCUCGGCAUUAAAUGCAAAAAUGAGAAACCUGACUGUAAGAAGCCACUGGAAGACCCUGCAAGCAACUAACAACGGGCGAGGCGGUCCCUUGUCGUCACUUCCGUUUACAGAUAUUUCAUUUAAAUAUUGUGUUUCCUGCGCUAGUGCAUGCUAUAGCUGUUUUCAGGAAUCGAAACUUUAACCUGAUGCUUAACAACUGCAUUUCAGAUAGUGGUCUUAAUUGUUUAUUGACAGACAUGGAAGCAAGACUAAGACAAUAUGAAAUUAAUCCCGCUUAAUUCUACACACUUUUAUUCUGUGAUUAUUCCGCCGUGUAAUAUA